AUGAAUAAUCAGAACAAUCAGCCAGUUGAGGGAGAUAAACUUAGGGAAAUCACUAAGGUAAACAAGAAAGCUAGAACAGGGAACUAUGAGUACUCUCAACAGAAAUCGGGUGGUGGAAAUCACUCACAGGUGACAGGUGAAAAAGAUGUGCAAUUUAAAGUUAUGUAUUGUGGAAUUUGCCAUUCUGAUCUUCAUCAACUCAAGAAUGAAUGGGGAAAUAGCAAGUACCCUAUGGUGCCUGGGCAUGAGGUUGUUGGUGUUGUAACUGAAGUAGGAAGCAAGGUGGAGAAAUUUAAGGUUGGAGACAAAGUAGGUGUUGGAUGUAUGGUAGGAUCAUGUCGAAAAUGUGAGAAUUGUAGCGUUGAUCUCGAGAAUUACUGCCCUCGUCAGAUUCCUACAUACAACGGCUAUAGCUUAGACGGAACCCUCACGUUUGGAGGUUACUCCGACAUGAUGGUAUCCGAUGAGCAUUUUGUAGUACGUUGGCCUGAAAACUUGUCGAUGGACGUUGCUCCCCUGUUAUGUGCUGGAAUUACUACUUAUAGUCCUUUGAAAUAUUUUGGACUCGAUAAGCCUGGAAUGCACAUUGGUGUUGUUGGUCUUGGAGGGCUCGGACAUAUGGCUGUUAAGUUCGCUAAGGCAUUCGGAACCAAAGUGACUAUCAUUAGUACAUCUGCUAAUAAGAAGCAAGAAGCAAUUGAGUGUUUGGGCGCAGACUCUUUCUUGAUCAGUCGCGAUCCUGAGCAGAUGAAGGCUGCAAUGAACACAUUGGAUGGGAUUAUCGACACUGUUUCUGCGGUGCACCCUAUUCUUCCAUUGCUUAUGUUGAUGAAAUCUCAUGGUAAGCUUGUUAUGGUUGGUGCACCAGAAAAACCGGUGGAGUUGCCCGUGUUUCCUCUACUUAUGGGAAGGAAGCUAGUGGCUGGAAGUUGCAUAGGAGGGAUGAGAGAGACUUAAGAAAUGUUGGAUUUCGCGGCAAAGCAUAACAUAACACCAGUUAUUGAAGUCGUGCAAAUGGAUUAUGUUA